AUGGAGCCAUAAAUUCAUUUGUUCCUAGUUGUGCUUUUGUAUUGCUCUUGUUUUGACAUAAUUACAGUUAGAACAUAAUUAUAUUGGUUUCUUAUAGGUUUUAAUUUACUUUAACACUAACAUUAUUUUCAUUAAUAAUUUAUUAUUAGGUAAAUAGAAAAUUGAUAUUGUCAUCUUGUUUAUAUUGAAAUAUAUAUAUAUAUAUAUUUUUGCAUGUUCACUCUAAUUUUGUCUUCAUCUUAACCUCCUAAACCCUAAGCCUACGUAUCGCUACUCUACCCCAGCCAUCACCAGCUUUGGUCACCAUCCUCUCCUGCCCUUCUCCAACUAGAGGGACCCUUUUCAUUCAUCUUCAGUCCAUCCUAGCCACUGCUAUCCCUCUCUAGCACAUCCCUGCCAUCCCUCUAGGGAGAGAAAGAGGGGUUGCACAAGAAUGAGAUAAAAAGAAGAAUAAGAAUGCAGGGAUGAGGAGGAAAAUGCAGGGGCAACAAGAUUUGGGGAAGGAAGAAGAGGUGAUUGGGAGGAGAGGUAGGGGAGAGGAGAUCCCAUACCAAAGGUGGAGAAGCAGGGUAGGAGAGGCUAAAGUGGGGGGUGGUGGAAAAGGGUGUGCAAAAGGUUGGAGGGUUGAGAAGGUUGAGAAAGGAGGGUAUUGAAAGCGGGAGUGAUGAGAGAUGGCGAAGAGGCUAGGAAGGGGCUUGUUGGAGGUGGGGGAAUGGCGGGGAAGAGUUGAGAGGUUGGGAAAAGAGGUUGUUGAAGAUAAAAGGGUGGCGAGAGAGGGUUGCGGGGUUGGAAAGGGGUUACUAGAGGUAAGAGAAUGGAAACCAGGAUGGUACAUCGAAACCAGGAAAAGAGGUUGGGAAAAGAGGUUGGCACAUUCUUGCCCCGAGGGCACAUUCUAGUACGCGAUUAAAAUCAUUAAUUAAUCGAAACCAGGAUGGUACAUCUUUGAUGCGUACAAAUGCAGAGCUUACCAGUGGUAACAGUAUGACUGCACUAGGAUAUGGUGAUACCAGCAAAAGGGUUCCUAAAGAAAGAGCUGUAGACAUUGAUGCAGCAGAUGUUGAUAAUGAAUUGGCAGUUGUGAAGUAUGUUGAGGGCAUCUACAAGUUCUACAAGUUAACAGAGGAUGAGAGUCAAGUUCACAAUUACAUGGAUUCACAGCCUGAAAUCAAUUCAAAGAUGAGAUCAAUUCUCAUAGACUGGUUGACAGAGGUUCACAGGAAGUUUGAACUAAUGCUUGAGACCCUUUACCUCACAGUUAACAUAGUUGCUCGGUACCUUUCAGUGAAUGUUGUCCCAAGGAGGGAGCUUCAGUUGGUCGGCAUUAGUUCAAUGCUAAUUGCUUGCAAGUAUAAAGAAAUUUGGGCACUAGAGGUCAAGAAUUCAAACAGAGCAUCGGUUAUUAGUUAUUGAGGUGUUCCUCUGUUUUUGAUGCCAAUAUCCACACACCAGUUUCUCAACUUUAUGGGGAGAUCCUAGAAGAGAAUGGUAUUGACUUGGCAGAAAUGAAGGUUUUGAGGAGGAAAAUGGAGGAGAUAACAAUUGCUGUAAAUCAGGGCAGUACAACCACUUAAUUUGCCCAAUGGUAUGCUUUGUUUGUUCCAAAAUUUGUUCCUGGAAGCUAUAUUGUGUUUGUCAAUCACUUGCACACAUUAAACACAGUAGCAGACUUUUUUUUAUACUUUCAAGUUUGUCAUUUGCUUCUGAAUUGGCUUGAAAACUCAGCUUCUUUUUCCUUUUACGAGAGUAGAUGCAUCUGUUUAUGGGAUGACUGGUAUGCUUUGUAGGACCGAGCAACAACUCAUUCGAUUUUUUGCAAACCAAAAUCAGUUGGCAUAGUGGUGCUUUCUUUAGUAGUCUAACAAUGAAAAGAUGCUUUCUUUCUGUUUUCGUUUUCUUUGACAAUCUCGUCCUUCUAUUUUGUGAGCAUUCUUACUCAAUUAACACAUCUAC